CUACAACAUUUGCUUCCAUGCAGCUCGAUUCCGAGGAGCUGCGCACCCAGCGUCUACCAGAAUCAAAUGUCAGUCCAAAGUCUCGUGUCAGCGUCAACCUCGGUCCGGUUAUACUUGGUUGCCGGACCAUCUGGUUCCACCACGACCUACUCUUUCUCCCACUAAGCAGCAAUGGUAUAUCAUCCAGUCGUCGAGCUCACCUCCGAGGCAUCAUGGGCAAUGGUGGAGGACAAGUUCUCGCCCUACGCGAAGGAGACACUUGCCAAGUUGAUCACAUUCCUCGAAAAUGAAAUAAUACCUUCAACAAAACUUGCUCAUGCCCAACUGCCUGCUGACCCGGAAAAGCGGUGGAAGACUGUUAUACCUGUCAUCGAAGAACUCAAAGCGAAAGCUAAAAAGUUGGGCUUGUGGAAUCUGUUUUUGAGUAAAGCGCACUAUCCCGAGUUUGGUGUGCCGCUCAGUAAUCUCGAGUAUGCCGUGAUGGCGGAAGUUCUUGGUCGAGGGGGGCCUAUUGCCUCGCAAGCUGUUAAUUGUUCAGCGCCCGAUACAGGAAACAUGGAGGUGCUGGCUCGUUAUGGCUCCCGAGAGCAACAGCAGAAAUGGUUGGUACCACUGUUGAAUGGAGAGAUACGUUCUGCAUUCUCUAUGACCGAAAGAUUUGUGUCUUCCUCAGACGCGACCAACAUCCGCACUUCCAUACGACAGGAGGGCGACGAGAUUGUCAUCAAUGGACAUAAAUGGUGGAUCAGUGGUGCAGGCGAUCCAAGAACGCGUCUUCACCUUGUCAUGGGCAAGAGUGAUCCCACGAACAAAAAUGCGUACAAUCAGCAGAGCGUUGUCAUCGUCCCCGCAGACGCCCCCGGAGUCACGGUCGUUCGACCUAUGAAAGUCAUGGGAUAUGACGACGCGCCCGAAGGGCACUGUGAAAUCGUAUACGAAAACGUCCGUGUGCCAUUGAGUAACCUCGUUCUAGGAUGGGGAAGAGGUUUUGAGAUCAUUCAAGGACGUCUUGGACCCGGACGCAUUCACCACUGUAUGCGAACCAUCGGUUCAGCCCAGGCUGCUCUAGACACUAUGCUUCAGCGGGUCACUGACCCUUCACGGAAAACCUUUGGGAAAUACCUCUAUGAGCACGGUACUGUCAUUGCGGAUAUCGCCAAAUCUCGUGCUGAAAUUGAGUCCGGAAGACUACUCGUUUUGAGUGCCGCACUGAUGAUUGACAAGUAUAAGGCCAAAGGGGCGCUCAAGGAAAUUGGUAUAGCCAAGUUUACUGUUCCAUCCAUGGCCUUGACUGUUCUUGACCGAGCCAUGCAAUCAUUCGGCGCUGAGGGCCUAUCCCAAGACCAGAAUUUGGCUGAGACCUGGGGAGGAUUGAGGACACUACGUAUUGCGGACGGACCUGAUGCAGUGCACAUCCAACAAGUCGGACAAAGGGAGCUCAAGCGCGCUCCUGCCCUCGUCAAGAAAGCGGCGGAGAUUAAGAAGAAGGAACAGCAGAUACUGGAGAAGGCAGGAUUUAAGUCACAUCUGUAGCGACGUCUCUGUGAUCCGGCCAUUGUAAAAUAGUACAGCAAGUAAGAUUGGAUGGAAACGUUAGCACACACUACUCAGCCAGCUAUAUUUCAUACGUAUGUAAACCGGGCCGGUCACCAGUCACUAUCGUGAGAAAUUAUAUUGUGC